AACGCCGCAGCGACUGCACUCGGGGCCGCGUCGCUGGGACCCGGCCGCCGCCGGGCAGGAAACGCAGGGGUGUGAGCCGACCCGGAGCGAGCCGCGCCCUCGGGCCGGUGUGUGCAGGGCGCCGCGGCCUGCGCAGCCCCGAGGGCCCCGCGUCGCUCUCCCGAGCCAGGGUUCUCAGGAGCGGGCCGCGCAGAAGACGUUAGCCAGGGCAGUUCGCGGCUGUUGGGAGAACGGGUCACGGAAACAGUCCCUUCCCCAGCCGCUGCAAUCGUGGGGUGGGCGAGUCCGCCCUUCCAGGCCGGGGGCGCGUGCCACGACGGCGGCGGCCGACCCCAGCUCGCCCGGGCGGAGACGCGCAGCGGGAGCUGGAGGCCGCCGCCCGUUGGUCCCUCAGGGGCCUGAACGCCCCGGGGUCGCGGCGCGUCCAGCCAGAGCUAGUCAGCAGCAGCUCGUGGAAUCUGAGGCAAUGCACUGCAACAACCCCAAGAGUGGAGUUGUGCUGGCUACAGUGGCCCGAGGUCCCGAUGCUUGUCAGAUACUCACCAGAGCCCAGGUGGGCCAGGAUGCCCCGCAGAGGACGGUGCUAGGGCUGCUCACUGAAAAUGGGCAGUACAGGAGGACCUGUGGCCAGGGGAUCACAACAAUCAGGUGUUUUUCUGGAUCAGAAAAUGCCUUCCCUCCAGCUGGAAAGAAAGCGCUCCCUGAUUGCAGGGUCCAAGAGCCCCCCAAGCAAGGGUUUGACAUCUACAUGGAGGAACUAGAGCAGGGCAAUGGAGACAGCUGCUCAGGCAGAGAGGGGAUGGCGUUUGAGGAUGUGUAUGAAGUAGAUACCAGCACACUCAAGUCAGACCUGCACUUCCUGCUGGAUUUCAACACAGUUUCCCCUAUGCUGGUAGAUUCAUUGCUCCACUCCCAGCCUGAAGAUACAUCUGAUCUUGACACAGAUGUGAUAAGUGUGACUGAAUAUGCUGAAGAAAUUCAUCAGUACCUUAGAGAAGCUGAAAUAAGGCACAGACCCAAAGCACACUACAUGAGGAAGCAACCGGACAUCACAGAGGGCAUGCGCACGAUUCUGGUGGACUGGCUGGUGGAGGUUGGGGAAGAAUAUAAGCUUCGAGCAGAGACUCUGUACCUGGCUGUCAACUUCCUGGACAGAUUCCUUUCGUGUAUGUCUGUUCUGAGAGGGAAAUUGCAGCUCGUAGGAACAGCAGCUAUUCUUUUGGCUUCGAAAUAUGAAGAGAUAUAUCCUCCCGAAGUAGACGAGUUUGUCUAUAUAACUGAUGAUACAUACACAAAACGACAACUGUUAAGAAUGGAACACUUGCUUCUGAAAGUUCUAGCUUUUGAUCUGAUGGUACCAACCACCAACCAAUUUCUCCUUCAGUACUUGAGGCGACAGGGAGUGUGCAUCAGGACAGAGAACCUGGCUAAGUAUGUAGCAGAGCUGAGUCUACUUGAAGCGGACCCAUUCUUGAAAUAUCUUCCUUCAUUGAUAGCUGCAGCAGCUUUUUGCCUGGCAAACUACACCGUGAACAAGCACUUUUGGCCAGAAACCCUUGCUGCAUUUACAGGGUAUUCAUUAAGUGAAAUUGUGCCUUGUCUGAGUGAGCUUCAUAAAGCGUUCCUCGGCAUACCCCAUCGACCUCAGCAAGCAAUUAGGGAGAAGUAUAAGGCUUCAAAGUACCUGCAUGUGUCUCUCAUGGAACCACCUGCAGUUCUCCCUCUACAGUAAGUUUCCAAAUGGAAGCACUUCUGGGCCUUAACCUCCACAUCAGAAGUGCCAUUAAUUUUCAUAGGUUUCUGCAGGCUGGAUCAGCUAAUGUUGCUACGCUAUAGAUGACCUUUGAAAAAUGUAAAUGUACUUAGGUUUCCUUAGACUUUAGUAGCUUGUGAUAUUGUCCAACAUUUUUAAAAGAAUAAACUGCUCGUCUUAUGA